AACCAGAGGAUCCUUUGUCAUGGUUCUUCUUCUUCAUGGUUCAUUUACACAAGAAACACCAGUGAUAGUGUCACCAUUCGUGAUCAGAACAAGAUUACUAUAAAGUUUGAAGUUACAUUCAUGGCUUCAUCAGUUGUCCUCCACAAUAUAUGCUUCGGUUCACUCUCUUGACCGAAACGAAACUUCUACCGCCAAACCCCAACUCUCACUCACCCUCAAUUUCUUUCCUCCAAAUCUUUCUUAGAGCUAAGGAGAAAUACCGCGCUGUCUCAUCACAUGGUGAGGAAAUCUCUUUCCAUUCCCACCGUCCUCGCGGCGCAAUCGGAUUUCUUGAAAGAACUGAUGCACACAUAACCCAGCCGACAUUAACUUACGCUGCACAAGUCUUGCUCAACAUGGAUGAGGAAGACAAAGAGAGUGCCUUCAACUAUCAUAGUGAGAAGGUACAGAAUACAUGGAAGAAAGAUGAUCAUGUUGUGGGUGCAGAAUGAAGAUGCCAAUUAGUAUGUCUCCACCAUGCUGAGCAAAGUCCCAUGCAAAAGGAGAAAUCCAGCUGGUAUUUUUUCUUACAUGCCAAUACUUGGAUAAUUACAGUGAAUUACUUGUUUUGACCAUUGCUGCGGCUUAUGUGAAAAGUGUUUUAAGUUGUGCACAAAGCAUGAGCAAUUGAACACACAUAUAUGGACUUUGUUCAGGAGAGUCGAUGUGGCUUAUGUAAUCACUUGGGUGAUAGUCUAAUUGGUGAAUCUCUUUGGGGCCAAACCAUAUGGACUCAGAAAGCCCUGAGUUCGAUUCCCACAAGGAGAAAUACCCUUAUGGCGACGCAUUGGGUUUUCGCCCAACUUUCCCUGUCGUCAAGUAGAAAAA